GUGGGGACAACUGAGAGCAGGAUGUGGCCACUUUAUCCCUCAUAGCUAAAGUUUUCAGCCCCAGAGUCCUAGCUUUGCCUCGGGACAAUUUAGGUUUGCUGCUGAGAGCCAAAUGUGAAGACUGUCCUAAGAAACCUGGAGCCAAGGAAGCUCGCCAGGGCUCUGCGGAGAGGGCCAGAGCCUUGCUGAAAGAAACAGAGAGGGGAAAACAAGUUUAAAAAUCCUCCAUGAAGUGUGCUAUGCUCUGCCAUUUAUUCCCAAAGCUCCUGGAGGCAUUCCUCUCAGGAAAGGUGGAGUUGGUGGCGAGAAGCCGGACGUGAGGAGACCUCCUGGGAGGACAGACUAAUCCAGUUUUUGAAUUUCCUAUGUGGGGACAGUCUUAGAGCCCCGGCAAGGCUUUGAGACACCCCGAAGAUGAGUGCUAACAGCCAGGCCGUGAGCCAGCUUCUCUGGCAGGGCCCCGUGUGCGCUGGCUGGAAGCGGGAUCUGGAAGGGGCCGUCUACCAUCUGGCCAACUGCUUGUUGCUCCUGGGCUUCAUGGGGGGCAGCGGGGUGUAUGGAUGCUUCUACCUCUUUGGCUUCCUGGGCACGGGCUACGUGUGCUGUGUGAUGUGGGGCUGGUUUGAUGCUUGCGGCCUGGACAUUAUCCUCUGGAGCUUCCUGCUGGCAAUGGCCUGCCUGCUCCAGCUGGCUUACCUGAUCUACCGCCUGCGCAGGAACACCCUCCCUGAGGAGUUCGAAGUCCUCUACAAGACACUGUGUCUACCCCUGCAGGUGCCUCUGCAGGUGUACAAGGAGAUUGUUCACUGCUGUGAGGAGCAGGUCUUGACUCUGGCCACUGAGCAGACUUAUGCUGUGGAGGGCGAGACACCCAUCGACCGCCUGUCCCUGCUACUCUCUGGCCGGGUUCGUGUGAGCCAGGAUGGGCAGUUUCUGCACUACAUCUUCCCUUACCAGUUCAUGGACUCUCCUGAGUGGGAAUCGCUGCAGCCUUCGGAGGAGGGAGUGUUCCAGGUCACUCUGACUGCCGAGACCCCGUGUAGCUACAUUUCCUGGCCCCGGAAAAGUCUCCACCUUCUUUUGACCAAAGAGCGAUACAUUUCCCACCUCUUCUCGGCCCUGCUGGGCUAUGACAUCUCAGAGAAGCUCUACGCUCUCAAUGACAAGCUCUUUGCCAAGUUUGGGCUGCGCUUUGACAUCCGCCUCCCCAGCCUCUACCACGUCCUGGGGCCUGCGGCCUCCGAUACAGGGCCAGAGUCGGAGAAGGAUGAUGAGGAAGCCCGUGAACCAGCCAUGGCCUCAUCCGCCCAGCAAACACCCCCUCGCUCUCCUCUUCCGGCUUCUGCCGGCCCCCCUGCACCUCCUUCCCGGGCCAGGAUGUCCAGGCCUGACAGCGGCGUCCUGGGUGAGGACUCCACCAGUCUGGUGCUGGAGGAUUUUGAGGAGGUGUCGGGAUCAGAAUCGUUCAUGGAUUAUAGGAGUGAUGGGGAGUACAUGAGGUGAGGGAGAACUAACAUGGGCCCAGCCACCUGGCUCAGGAUCCUGUGUAAGUACUCAGAAGGCAACUGCCACGCCUUCCUGCCAACAGUUGGCCUUAACUCGGCUUGUAAGGGCAAAAAAAACUCUUUCAUGGAGACUGUCCUCUCAGAGGACUCCCAGAAAGUGGCAUUAACCCAACCUUGCAGUAGCGACUCAUUCCAGGUGCAUGCAAGGCAUGAGGGAUUUUUUUUUAACUCAUUUUUAUUAAGUGUGAUUGCAUUUUGGAAAGUGGGCUGGUUGACAUUUUGAGCAAGUGAAUGGUUGUGAAAUUGUUUGCAAGUUUGUGUGAAGAGUUAAGGCCUUAGAUAGCUAGGGCUAAAGGGGAUUUUAUUUGUGGCGUGCGUUUUAAAGGGGAAAAAAUGCUGCCAUGGUUCUAAUUCCUAUCCGUUCUUCCUAGCGUAGAGGCAGCUCUAGAAAGCAGUCACUCUUUAGCUUGGGUUGGCAGCUAGCUCUGUUAAAAUCACAAAUUUCAAAGAGGCAUGUGAUAUAGGCUGAUCACCCCGGAGGAAAAUGUCCCACCUUGCUCUCCUCUUCCCCAGUGGAGAGUACCUUGCUUACUCAGGCAGAGGACUGGGUGCUGCUUUGUUACUCUAAUCAUAUGGCCUGGCUUUCCCCCAAACCACACCUGUGUGAGGUGGAUGGGCACUAACGUGGGAGGACCUAACAGGAAGGGCAGGAUUUCCCUCACAGCUCAGGAGAAUGUACAAGAAAGACUAUACUGAGUAGUUCUGGGAAAUUGCUUUCACAUUCCCCCUGGUUGCUCUCACAGUGCUGUGACAUUUUCCUCUGGGACUCCACCUGGCCAUGGCGGAGGCUUGGCUUUUCCUGAGGAAAAUCCCACUGUUGCCAGUUGGGAAGGCCUUUCCAAGUGUGUGUGUGAUGCAGGGGCCCACGAGACCCAUCAUCCUUUGGGAAGCACUGACAAAUUUUUGAAGAAACUAGCCCAGGGAGGAAGGGUUCCAGGGUACACAAGGUGAAUGAGUGAAUGUUUAUCUAUUUUGUAAAAACAAAUUAUGUAAAUGAUGACAGAGGCAGGGGACGUGAAUGAUAAGAGGUUAGAUGUCUUGUUUGAUAGAUAUGGAAUUUGUCGUCUCCUGUAAUACCACUCCCUAGAACCAUAGUUGGGCUGAUUCUGGAGUAAUUCCAUGGAUCUAUCUAGGACUCAAGAUCACUCGUUGACUUCCUCCAUUUGCACUGAGCACUCUCAUCACCUCUUUCCCAUUGUGCUAAUCCUCACUGUCCUACUUGUCCACCCCCAUCCAUGCAUAUGGGUCACGUUCUGUGGAUCCCUCUCUUUGUCCAGCACGCUUACCCCCCUGUACACACUCUUCACUCCAGGUAGCUCUUGGUGUUCUCAUGUUUUUCCUGGUUUCUUCUCUUUUCCUGGUUCUAUUUGCUCUUUUUUCUUCCCUCUUUCUGACUUCUGCUCAGUCCUUAGUUGCCUGCAUUUGCUGCUCAGGAGAAGGAAAAAGUCCUUUUCUUUUUCUUAGGUAAUUUCUCCUCUCCAUAUUUGUCCCUUACAUUUUCCCCACUUUUAUCAUUCAUGUAUUUCUCUAUUACCUUUUUUUCCUUUUUUUCCCCACUUUCCUGCCUUGCUCUUUCCCCUAAACUACCCUGCACCCUCAUCUUGGUCUUUAACCCAUACUCUUCCAAGAUUAGUACCUCUCCCUCUGCCUGUAGAUAAAACCAUUCGAGUGAAGGUGUGAAUAUUCCCAGCUGUAGGUGGCUACACGUUUCCUGCAUGAGUUUUCCCAGACGUUAGGAGGCACAGCAUGAUAAACCAGAAGGAGAGCCAGACUGGGCGCCUGCAGUCCUGGUUUCCGUGUCUGGGUCUGCUACUUUUUGCAA